AUGGCGUCACGUAAGACGCAACAGGAAAUCGACAAGACCUUCAAAAAGGUGUCGGAAGGCAUUCAGACGUUUGAGGGCAUCUAUGAGAAGAUUCGCCAGGCCACGAAUCCCACGCAACGGGAUAAGCUCGAAGACAACCUUAAGCGCGAGAUCAAGAAGCUCCAAAGGUUCCGUGAUCAGAUCAAGUCAUGGGCAGCUGGCAAUGAGGUGAAGGACAAAGCCCCGCUCAUUGAGCAGCGAAAGGCUAUUGAAGUGUGUAUGGAACAAUUCAAGGCAGUCGAAAAGGAGAUGAAGACGAAAGCCUACUCGAAGGAAGGUCUAUCAGCAGCAUCGCGACUCGACCCUAAGGAGAAAGAGAGAGUCGAGUGUUCCGAAUUCCUCUCAUCAAUGGUCGAUGAACUCCAGCUCAAGAUCGAAGCCCUGGAAGCCGAAGAAGAAACCCUCCACGCACAAAUGAAAAAGGGAAAGAAGGAUACGAAAAAGGCAGACCGAAUGGCCGAUGUUGCGCACGUUACAGAACGACAUAAGUGGCAUGUGAACAAGCUCGAGUUCCUCAAUCGUUCGUUACAAAAUGGCAACCUUGAAGUGGGGGCUGUGCAAGAUCUGAAGGAGAGCAUCAAGUACUAUGUCGAAGAAGGAGGCAAUCUCGAUUACUCUGGUGAAGAUGAGACCCUCUACGACGAUCUGAAUAUCGAGGAUGUUGAGGCACAGUUCGGCAUGGGUGGAGAUGGUGAUCGCGUGUCAUCACAAGAUGCUCAAUCCAUUCAGGACGAUGAACCUGAGCCGAAACCCAAAGCCAAGCCAGAGACCCCAGCACCGCGACGACCGUCCACGCAAAUGAAGUCCCCUUUGCCUGUCCUUGCUACUCUUCACCCGUCCGCUUCAUCAAGUGCCACCCCGGGCAUGAAGCCCGCUCCGCUCCCCACCCGACCCCCCGGUGAGACCCUCAAGUAUGCCUCCGCCGCGGCUGCAGCAGCUGCCAGCGAUAAAAGUGGUGUGGGCAUCCUGCCUCUUCCCCCACCACCGGGUCUUAGCCCAGCCCUUUCCGUGGCAAUGCCUAUCUCCAAGCCCUCUUCCACAGCUUCGCCCAUUGUGGCGCCAGCACAGCCUGUUGCCAAGUCAAUAAUGACACCGAGCACCGCUUCUGAAGAGCUCAGUGGGAUCCGAUCCAAGACGCCGGCCGGCGCAGCAGCCUCGAGUGCUUCAUCGCCCACUCCCGCAGAUAAGACCGCAACAACGAAUGGGAAAGCUGAAACAGAAGGGACAGAAACCGAAGAAUCGGUAUAUCAUCUGCCCCCAGGUCUUCAAGAUCUGGUCCAAUCAUUUGACGUGACCAAGGCGCGUGCAACGGCGAAUCCCUCGCCAUCGGUGCAACGCCUACUGGCGGCAUCAUUGACCACAUGUCCGGAGGCAGGAGAUGCUGAAAAGCCUCGCCAUUACAAGCCCCAGAACCCCUACAGCACCCCCUAUACUACCCACAGGAACCCCUCUCCAUAUUCGAUGAUCCCCGGCUGCAGAAUUGACACAGACACGCUUUUCUACCUCUUCUACUAUCGUCAAGGCACCUACCAGCAAUACCUUGCGGCCAAGGCACUCCGGAAUCAGAGUUGGCGCUUCCACAAACAGUACCAAACGUGGUUCCAGCGUCACGAGGAACCCAAGAACAUCACCGAGGAAUUUGAGCAAGGCACCUAUCGGUUCUUUGAUUAUGAGAGCACAUGGAUGAAUCGCCGCAAGGCUGAUUUCAAGUUCGUCUACAAAUACCUCGAGGACGAGUUAUAA